CAAAAGUUAAUUUUAUAAAAAAAUAAAUUGUUAAUAAAUUACUGUGUUGUGAAGUUCAGUGUUCCGCCCAGUGAUUCUAAAAAAUAAAACCCCAUCAAAAUGGCAUCAUCACUCUCACUCUCCAUCCAAAUCCUGCUAGUGCUAGUACUCUUCAAGCAAACCCACAGCACCGAAGAUGGCUACCUUCGAUACGUCAAAGACGGUUGCUUCAUAAAAGGAGAGGCAUUAUCUUGCGUCAAAUAUAAAGCCCUAAAGAUUGCUAAAAAGACUCUAUUCGGAGACAAUAUAAACAGCAAUGAGACUAUAAAGGCAAACCAGAUGAUCAGUUUCGUGCCUUUAGACGUGGAUACGAUAGAGAAACUCUCUAUCGGAGAAAAGGCAGAGGUUCUGACGAGUGAGCCCAAAGGAUUCAUGUCAGAAUGGGCGGAGUUGGCGAAGUAUCUGAUGAAGCUGAUGAAGGACUUCUUCAAGGUGAAGGGACUGAGGGUGAACCUGCCUGAAGGAGCGAGGACUGUGGAAGAAGACGAUGACAUUGACAUUGAAGACGAUGGGGUGUUUGACAGAGCGCCGGCCUUGAACAAGACAUUCCCUCUUUAUAAAGGUCGCGGCAAGAAGAAGAAGCUAGCCAUCAUCGUCCCGCUCCUGACUCUCCUUACUGCCAUCAAGACGAAGCUGCUCCUCAUUCCAGUGCUGCUUGCCGUGCUGCUGCUGAAGAAACUGCUGUUGGUUGGCGCUUUAUUGCUGCCAAGUCUGCUGAACACUUUGAAGGCUUGCAAGCACCACCACCCGCACUCCUACUCCUACUUCGGGUCCAGCGACGCGUCUGACUUCAAUUCGGACUACGGGAGUACGUAUGCGUACUCAUCAGGAGCUGGAUACAACAAGGACUGGGCUUCCAACCGAGCAUACAACAUGCCGAAGUACCAUAGACCUACGCCCGCACCUGUUUAUAUUACCGCGCCUGGAGCUGCUAAGUAAACGGAUCUAAGUAACGAUUCUUAAGGUCAUAGCACAUUUAUUACCCCGCAAAGGGAUCUCCGUAUCGCUUUUCGCAAAGUGUACGUUACAGUGCGGAUAAGCGCGCGUUGCAGUACGGAGUUUCAUACAAAGAAUACUGACCGCCUCGAGUUGAUACGGUUACCAUCCGUUUUCGGGAUGAUAAAUGUGCUUCGUCCAUUAUAAUACUCAUUCUCUAUCUUCUUCUUUCUUUGGUAAACUAAAAGAGACAAGACUACGACUGACACUGAUUCUGACUACGCGAUUACUUAUUUGUACUCAUUAGGACAAAGACUUAUGACAAAGACUGUACUUCUUUAAGUUAUUCUUGCAACAAUCCCAUAUUAUUAUGACAAACUGUCACUAUUAAAAUUUUAUCAUUUUAGUUGCAACCAUUAGUGAAAUAAAUAUCUGACCUAAAGUGGCAUGGACAUAGCUUGAAUUCUAGAACAGACUUAGCAACGCCUGAAAUUAAUUUUACAGCAGACAUUUCAAACCAAAACAUUGCUCACUACAAAUAGCCAGUGGCUAGUUCCUAUUGUUAGAGUACAAACUACGA